AAUUUGUGAAACGCAACGAGGUGAAACGCGACUCAGUAGACAAUUCUAUCUUUUAGCUACGAGAGAAGUGAUUAAAGCAAGAAGACAAGAAGAGGAUUGCAAACAAAAAUAUAUCUUUUUAUUUUUUCAAGCAUUUUGAAUAAAAGUAGAGCGAAAAAAUUUUUGCACAUUUUUAAAUGAAACGAAGGCUGGGUAGAAUGCACUGUAAAAUGAUAUCUGGGACUUAUGUGUCAGCUGGAUACAUUUGCAAGUGAUUCAAAGCUGGAAAUUGUCACAUUUUUGUUGGAGAUAAUUUACAAACGUGGAGAAGAAAAUAAGAAUUAGGGAAAAAGUAGUACAUCAUAGUAUUAUUUUACAUUACGAUAAAACAAGUGUUGUAGUAAAUCAUAGAAAACAAACGUGGAUUGAAGUAGAAAGAAGUAAAUUUGGUGGUGACAAGUGUUGAUUUAAAAGUGAAAUUGGCAUGUAUUGCCUAAGUGUGGCAUGUACGUGUAGUAGUGGUGUUGGAGAUAAUGACACUAAAGAGAGAUGAGAUUGGAACUGGGGGACGCAGGGAGAAGAAGAGGAUUCGAACGAGUUGGAGUGGAACAAAAGCAGAAGAGGUACAGCCAUGUCAUGGGAGUCUGUUGCGUCCAAGAAUUAUCUCGGAGGUUCUGGCAGCCAUCAGCUUUCAGCAACGGCCUUGCUUGGCAGUCCAGAUGAUUCUAGAUUUCCUCUGGAUGUUUACGAGUUCGCUGAAGAAGAUUAUCGAUAUCAAAAUGGAAAUGGAAGCACUCACUAUCAAAAUGGACGAUCUGGAGCUGGAAUAUGGGAGUGUCUUAUAGGCUGCAGACAUCGACUCGAUCAGCAAUUGGCAAGAAGACGAGUAGAACAAGGUUUAAAAUUGUAUCGAGCACAUAAGCAGCAAGCAGCAGUGCGAAAAUGGAGGGGUGCAUUGAAAAAUAUCAGACAACGUGAAGACAAAUUUACCCUGUUGGGAUAUCUUUAUCAAGCUUACAUGGAUUGGGGAAAAUAUAGAGAUAGUAUAGACUUCGCUCACAGGCAAUUGAGUAUUUCUGAUGACCUAGACUCCCCUAACAUGCGAGCUGAGGCUUAUUUGAAUUUAGCAAGAGCCCACGAGAGACUUGGAGCACUAGAACGAGCAUUAGCUUAUGCCAGACACAGUCUGUACAACGAGUGUGACCAAUGUGCUACAGCUGGAUUAGUUCAUUUAACGGUGGGCAGGGUUCACCUUGAAUUAGCCGGCUUCUGUAAAGCGCUGGAAGCUUUCCAGAGAGCUCAUAAAAUUGCUCAUUCUAUUCAGGAUCCAUCCCUUGAACUUCAGGUAUAUGUCGGGCUGUCAGAACUGUUUUGCCGUCUUCAGGAUGCAGAAAAAAGUGUGAGAUAUGCGUCAAGAGCAUACGAUCUCUCCCGAAGUUUACAACUAGGAGAUUUGAAUUCUAGACAUCAUCGUGCUGCCUUAUUACAAAUGGCAACUGCUUUGAGGAAGAAAGGAGAACUUGGUGAUGCUCAUGACUAUUGUUCGGAAGCGACAAGAUUAUCUCUAGUUGCAGGAGACCAAGCAAGUUAUGCUCGAAGUAUACGAAUAAUGGGAGAUAUUUACCGAGCAAAAUCAGAUAUUAAUUUUGAUAUGUUACAGAAAGCCUUUCGACAGUAUGAAAGUGCCAUGAAAUCUGCUGCAGCGACUGGAGAUCGAUUGUGUCAAAUGGAAGCAAUGGAUGGUGCUGCUAGAUGUUUAGAGGCUUUGAGACUUCAGCAUAGAAUUUGUGAUUGCAGACCUUUAGAGUUCAACACGCGAUUGCUAGAAGUGGCCAGUUCAGUUGGCGCAAAGCUCUUGGUAAGAACAGUACGAUGCAGACUAUCACGGAUCUACGGUUCUCUGGGUGAUGAAGAACAAAAAAGUCAUCAUGAAAGAAUAGCUUUAGCCACAGAGGAGGAUCUAGAGCUUAGAUGUGGUGGAUGCAAUGAACCUUUUGGCUUGGAAGCUGAUACUCUUGAAGCAUUACCAUGCUCACACAUUUUACAUGCUCGAUGUGCAUAUGAUAUUCUAAAAAGACGUGAUAAGAAGAAGAAACGUCUUUGUCCUGAUUGUCAUAAAUCAGUGAGCUCACGUCUUUAUCUUCACUGUGACGAUUCUCAUGAACUGAAUCAGAGUUCACUUAGUUUAGCUUCUUUGAAAGCUAGUAGUCUGGUCACUUUGGAAGAUUGUCAUGCUACAAGCAGUGUUUAAAUAUUUCCUUUAUUACAAUAUAAACUUAAAAUUCAUUUUUGUUUAUUGAAAUAUUCUAUGA